AUGGAGCUAUCAGAACAUCCACGCCGGAGAACUCGAUCUUCGCAACAUGAGUCCUUCCAAAGCCUAGGAGAACCAUCCAAUGCGUCCGUGACAACUGCCUUGGAACACCAAGCGAACGAUAUAGUACCUCUUGUUCCUCAUGGCGAUCAUUCAUUGGGAUUUGUCGACAUUUACCAAUCCUUGACACCGCGACAAGUCGGAGUUAUUGCAGUCGGAUCGGCGAUCGGAACAGGGUUGAUGAUUGGGACAGCACGGGCUCUGACAAUGUUUGUUACAUGCGACCCGGCUGCUAUGAUGAUUUCCUACACUUUCGUCGGAUUCGCGGUAUACCUGGUGUUGCUCGCCCUGGGUGAAGUGGCCGCGUGGUUACCAAGACCUUACACUGUGGCUGAUCAAGCUGUGCGAUUUGUUGACCCAGCUCUUGGUUUCAGUGUGGGUUGGAUAUACUGGCUCAAGUAUGCCAUUGUCACGCCUAAUCAGUUGACAGCCGCCGCACUGGUCAUAUCGUACUGGAUUGAUCCUGAGUGGAUUAAUCCGGGCAUUUGGAUCACAGUCUUCCUAUCUGUAAUUACCAUUCUUAAUUUCGUUUCUCACGGACUUCCGAGCCAGGUCGAAUUCUACGUGUCCUCGUUCAAGCUCCUCGUCAUGUCAGCUCUGAUGAUUCUGUCUCUGGUCAUUGCUUUGGGCGGUGGACCAGACCAUCACCGUCGAGGCUUUAAGUAUUGGAGCAUGUCACCAGAAUUCACUGCCUCUGGCGUUCAAUUUAAUCGAGGAUUGUUGGAGAAAUUCUUGGAGAUCUGUGCAACUAUGUCUUCAGCUACGUUCGCGUUUAUUGGCAGUGAGCGAUCGGGGCUUAUGGUCCGGGCGCCCAAUGUACGGAAGGCUAUAUCUCGCGCCAUCAAGCAUACCUUUUAUCGCGUGUUAGUAUUUCAUCUACUGGGCAUCACGCUACUAGGUAUGCUUGUGCCCCGAAACUCGACCAAACUGGCCUUUUCCAGGGAAAUGGGGAAGCGAACCUCUGGUACAGCAGCUUCUCCCUUUGUCGCUGCCAUCUGGCUGUCCGGCAUAGCCAUUGUGCCUGAUAUUCUGAACGGAUGUAUAUUAUUGUUUGUGCUGUCAAUCGCCAACUAUGAUCUUUACCUGGCUACCAAAGCCAUGUGCGAUCUCUCCCUGAAGCACCGUGCCCCUGCGUUUCUCAUGCGCACCAACCGCCGAGGAGUUCCAAUCUACGCUCUCAUUACCUGCUCGAUAGUCUCCACAUUAGCGUAUGUCAACAUUACCAAAGACUCCCACCUUGUCUUCGGAUACUUCGUCGACAUGGUCACCAUGCUAGGUAUUCUUGUUUGGGCAUCAAUCCUCAUCACCCAUAUUGCAUUUGUGCGUGCGCGCAAAGCGCAAGGCAUCCCCGACGAGAGUCUUACUUUCCGCGCCCGCUUCGGUCUCGCUGGAACAUGGCUCGCAUUGGUUCUUUGUCUCUUCAUCGCCGUGACGCUUGUCGUCGUGGCUCGCAGUAAACAUGUCAAUCCGAAAGAUGCAGAUAUGUGGACAGGCAAGUUGGAUGUUCGAAUCACGCGACCGGGGACAGAUAUAGAGAUUGUAUUAGAAUAG